AAUGGGGAGGCGCGUUACUGCGCGGUGCCCGGUUGAGGAAGUGCCGCCGGUGUCCGUGCCCGGCGCUCCUCCGUCCGGUUCCGCCGCCCGGGAUGUGCUGAGGGCGCGUCCGCCGCCCCUCCCAGGCGUGAAUGACAGAGGAGGUGCCCCCGACUGCACUGACGGAUGUGAACCUGCGCCUGCUCUGCCACGAUGACAUAGACACGGUGAAACAGCUCUGUGGAGACUGGUUCCCUAUAGAGUACCCUGACUCAUGGUACCGAGAUAUCACUUCCAACAAGAAGUUCUUUUCCCUCGCAGCCACGUACAGAGGCUCCAUCGUGGGGAUGAUAGUGGCAGAGAUCAAGAGCAGGACCAAGGUUCACAAAGAGGAUGGAGAUAUCCUAGCUUCCAAUUUUCCUGUGGAUACUCAAGUUGCUUACAUCCUGAGUCUUGGAGUGGUGAAGGAGUUCAGAAAACAUGGAAUAGGUUCCCUCUUGCUGGAGAGUCUGAAAGAUCACAUCUCCACCACUGCCCAGGACCACUGCAAAGCCAUCUACCUGCACGUGCUCACCACCAACAACACAGCAAUAAACUUCUAUGAAAACAGAGACUUUAAACAGCACCACUACCUGCCCUAUUACUAUUCCAUCCGAGGGGUCCUCAAGGAUGGCUUCACCUACGUCCUGUACAUCAACGGCGGGCACCCACCCUGGACAAUCUUUGACUACCUACAGCACAUUGGCUCCACGCUCGCCAGCCUGAGCCCCUGCUCCAUUCCCCAGAGGAUAUACAGACAAGCCCAGAGCCUCCUCUGCAGCCUCCUGCCCUGGUCUGGCAUUUCUGCCAAGAGCAGCAUCGAGUACAGCCGGACAAUGUGACGGACUGGGGGCGCACAGGAAGUGCAGGAUUGUUUCUCCUUCCACCUGACACGCGGCUCUGGUUCCAGUGAUGACAGCUCUUGGCCGGUGACCCGGCCCCGGACGGGACUCCCUGUUCCGCAGGGCCUGACCUUUGGUAGAACUUCACCCUGGGGCUGCAGCCCCGGCUCCCCACGUGGGUGCGGCGGGCCUGGCGGCGCGGCAGCCCGGGCCCCUGGCGUCACCACUGCGUGUGCAUGCUGCACUGUCCCCGCCACUCCCCUCGCCUCGGUUUGCUCCUCCCCAUAGCCGGGAUGUCGUGGGAGGGGCUCAGCUGCUGCUCCCGCUCCAUCCACAGCUGCUGAGAGCAGCUGAGGGAGGUUCAUGGAUCUGCACUGAGGAACCACUUAAAUGGACUGGGAAGCCCUGGCUGCCAGGGCAGAGGCUGCCCUUGUUGCUGGGGUAGGGGGCAGCUGGGGCAGGAGAAAGGGAGGAAAGGGAAUCAUGUUUAGGUCCUGCCACAUCAGCUGCUGGUGCGUCCUGUGGGUAACUUCCAGGGAGAGCAACUGCCUCGCAUGAGAAACUACCCAGCCCCACCAGCCCUCUGAGUGAUGUAAAAAGAAGCAUAUAAUUCAGGAUGCAUAAAGUAGAAGGCAGGGAAUGAAAUUGCUAUUUCAUAGUGAAAUAUAUAUGUAUUAUAUGUAUAGAUCUUUCUGCCUUUGUCCAGGAUGGAAUGUAGCAGGGUUGGGAGCUGGGAGUGUAGAGUCUGGUCCAGAGCCCUUCUCCCCUUCCUUGGCACCAGGCUGGACUUUGCAGGAUCUUGAGGGAUGGGAUGUGUGCACAGAUCACAACAGCUUUCCCUAGCUGAGGAAGGUGCCCCAGCUGCUCAGUGCUGGGCUGUGGGCUGUGGUCUGGGCACCUCUGGGCUGUGCUGGGCAGUCUCUCACUGGCUGCCCAGUCCUGUCCAGGAGCCUCUGGCUGGCCUGAGUAGCUCAUGUGCAGCCAGGCCAGGGGCCCUGCUAUUCCCACGGCAAAUCCCCCUUCCCUGGCCAAGGCUCUUCCCCUGCUCAGCACCAAGUUCCUUAUUCCAACCUCAUUUUUUAAGUGGGAUGGGAACUGAGGGCCCCACGCUAGAGCAGGGCCUGGAUGGGCUGGCACUGCCAGCUGUGGCAGGGGCUGGGCAGGCCCUGGGGGUGACACAGGGUGGGCCUUAGAAGAGCCAACAAGCACCUUCAGCCUGGAUGGGCACUGAAAGCCCUGUCAGUGACCAGCCCCGGGAGCUCACUAAUAAAAGGAUGCAGGAGAUGAGCUGCUGUGACUGGUGCCAGGCUGGAGAGCAGGCAGCCUCAGGGGCUGGCACGUUUCGUGUCUGAGAGCAGCACCAGGCUGUUCUGGGAGGUGCUGGUCCUGGGGCUCAAAGAAAAGGUAAAGAGGUGUUUAAAAGGGUCAAACAGGGCAGUGAUGGAAAGCCCAGCCUUUGAGACCUUCAAGCCCCAAGGUGCAAGGGCUGCCCUCGUAGUGGGCCUCUUCCAUCCCAUCCGUAUGUCGUCUCUGGCCACCCUUUAGUUCAGCAGUGCCAGUGGCACUUUGUAGGCAGCUCCACCCCAGCCCCAGUGCCUCCUCAGGGCCCCUGACACCCUUCCAGCCUCCGUUGUUACCAGUUUGGGGUAUUUUUGCUUAUCCGCUUUUACUUAACACAUCUGUUGGUUGAGUUUCUUUAGCAGCCCAAGCCCAUUUUUUUCUCAGCACUUGCUUUCUCUGGACCAGAAUGAAGCUCUUCUCUCCUGACUGCCUGGGGCUGAUGUGUGUCUGUCCCUAGUUUCCCUCCUGUCCCUUACACAACCCAACUCCGCUACUCGAGCACAUCCCAAAGGAGCUGUGACUGGUCUGUGUGUCUUCGUACCACCCUGUCCUGAGGUGUCAGCCCUGUCCCCACCAUAGCCCAUUAUUUAUUGAAGAACCUCUUGCUAAACAUCUUCAAUUAAACCAAACCUUUUUUGA